CAUGGCCGGUGCAUUAGAUCGUUUAGGCAACUGUCAUUUUCCAAGUUCGGUACGCGGAGAUAACUCUCUCUCGUUUUUUUUUAAAUGUAAAACAACGGGACAAUUUCUAUUAUAGAUAUUAAGAAUACCUGUGAUAAAUCUACUCAGAAUGGCUCACAGUUCUCAAACUUAUGGGUCCACGGACCAGCGGACUGAUGUACCUGAUGUAGGAUUUAGUCCUACUGAACUUUAUAAUCUCAGUGAGAAUAUAACUACUAAUAUAUAUACAAUUAAUACAAGCUGGAGAACUCUCGAACGUUCAUACAAAAACAUUGGAACAAACAAAGAUAACACAGCACUCAGGGAUAAAGUACACGAAACGCAAUACAUUACAAAUCAAGUCGUAACUCAAACCAGCAAAGAUAUAGCAAGACUUACUGUGUUAAUGAGGCGAGGUGACAAACAACAAAAAUUGCAAAUUGAAAAGUUAACAACUGAUUUUAAAGAUGCAUUGCAACGGUAUUCAACUAUGCAAAUGUCGAUUGCUGAAAAAAUGAAGAGUCAUAUUUUGAUUACCAGUAAUGUAGAAAAUAUUUCCGAAGGCGAUGACGAAGGAGAAAGGCAAAGUUUGCUUCAAAUUCAAGAUGAUGAACGCAGAACAACACAAAGAACUCUUGAAUUUCAACAAGGAUUACUGCUGGAGAGAGAAGAUAGGAUAAAGUGCAUUGAGGGAGAUAUAUUGGAUGUAAAUCAGAUUAUGCGAGAACUUGCGGCAUUGGCAUAUCAACAAGGAGACACUAUUAACACCGUUGAUAACAAUAUAGAGAAUAUUUAUGGCAAUGUUGAAUUGGGAGCACAAGAAUUAAUUAAGGGAAGUAAUUACCAAAGCAAGUUUCGCCGAAAAGUAUAUCUUUUCUUGUUACUUGCAAUUAUAGUCGCCAUUGUAGUAAUUAUUAUUCUAGUCACUAAAUUAAGUUAGCGCUCCUAACUGAUAUAGGUGACAAGAUUUUAUCAAAAAGGGCUGUCUCAAUUAAUUAUUAUUAUUAUUAUAAUAUACGAUUUUUAGAUAUAUCGCUAUGUUGAAGUUGCUAUUAUUAUUUUGGUAUGUUAUUAUUAUAUUUGAAUUCGAACUGGAAAGAGAAUAGAGACUUGUUCUUUUUUUUUUUUGUAUAUGCUCUUAAACGAUUUAAUGUAAAUUUUGAAUUAUUAUGAGAGAAAAAACUUAGUUUAUUUUUUAUUAGGUUCCCAAAAAUAUUUGUUAAUACCAUACGUAGAAGCAUAUAGAAAAUUUUAUUACGAGUUGUGCUCUCAAUGUAUCGUUAUCUUUAAUUAAUCUUUUAUUAAUAGUAAUAUAGAUCAUAUUAAAAUAAAAUCGAAGUUAACUGCAGGAUCAAUUAACAGUUAGGGAGCAUUAAUUAAUUAAAAAAACAAAAAACAUUUUAUUUUGGAAGCUUCGAAAAAAGAAUUAAGGUGAUAAAUUUUAAAACAAACAAUAUAUUGUAUUUUAAAGCCUAUAUAUAUAUAUAUAAUAAUUAAUCAUUUAUGUUAUUUUUUAUAGUACGCAUUAUUCGUUCGUGCUUUGCCUGAUCUUUAUUAUUUUAUCGUGUUUAUAUUUUUUAUUAAUCUCGAGAUAUAAAGAUAAGCAUUGCGUGGCAUUUCCUGCUGUUGCUGUUGCUGUUGCCGAAGGGUAUUCGAUUAUGCAUGAAGUUUAUAUAAAAAAAAAAAGAAAAGAAAAAAAAAUUAAGAA